AUGUCCGGGGUGGGGCUGGAGAUCGCUCUCCACAAAUCCGAGAUGAUCCUUGUUAGCAACCUGCAGCCAGUCCAAGUGGCGUCGAUCAAGAUCGGGAGUCACGUGGUUCGGGCUCAGGAAGCGAUCAAGUAUCUCGGAGUGAUGAUUGACUCCAAGCUUAGCUUCAAAAACCAUGUAGAAUACGCCUCCAGCAAGGCAAAGAAGGCCCUUCACGCUCUCUCGGGCAUGAUGGGCAGGACUAAGGGGCUGAGUAGCAGUAAGAGGAGACUGCUUGCAGGUGUGGUAUCAUCCGUGCUGCGCUACGCGGGACCAGCAUGGGCUGAGGCGCUGACGGUACAGCGAAAUCUGGACUCGCUAAAUCAAGUCCAUCGACUCACUGCGGUUCGGGUGGCAGGCUCCUUCAGUACAGUGUCUCUGGCGGCCGUGUGCGUGAUAACCGGCAUGAUCCCAGUCGGGAUCCGCGUCGAGGAAGACAUGGAAUGCUACGCCGGCCGUGGAAGGGCGCGGACGCGAGGCGCAGGACGAUGGAGCGCUGGCAGUGUGAGAGGGCGAGCCUCCUCGGAAAUGUGCCCCGCUUGCGCGGGGGUCGUGGAGUCCCCUGAGCACGUCGUGUUCCGCUGCCCCAGAUUCGAUGAAGCCAGGAGCAGGACACGAGCCAUAAUAGGAGAGGAGAUCCGCCCGGAGAACAUCGUGUCUCUGAUGUGCGGAAACCGGGAGGCAUUUGAUGGGAACAUUCAACUCUUCAUAACGCUACGCUACAUGUAUCCCCGGCCUUACGCUCGCUUUUACUCCGCGGGCCUUUAA